AUGGCAACAACUCCAAGCCAAAACAAAGAGUCGCAUGUCUCCAGUGACAGCAGCAACAAGCUCACGCCAGCCCAAACCGAGGCAAGAACCAUCCUCGACCACGUCUUCACUCAACUCCAAUCCCACCCCCACUACAACCCCACCUACGGCCCCUGGAUCCAGCGCAACGGCCCCUCCCAGCUCCUCAACUUCUGCCAUACACUCGUCCUGCCCCAAGCCUGGAAUUUCCUCUCCCACCGCUGGUCUCUAGAUGCCUUAAAACCGCUAUCGGGGGAUCUGCGCUACUCGGGCCGCGCCAUCUACCUCGACGGCAUCCUAGGCCUCGACAAGCGCCUGCGCAUCUACGUUGGACAGAGCCAUAAUCUGCGGGCUCGCGUGGCGCAGCAUCUGAACUUCAGGUACAGAAGGGAUCACAGCUCGCUGCACUACUUUGCCCUGCAGGAGAGCGUGUACAAUGUGCUUGGCGCCGUCAUUAUUUUACCGGCUGCGAACAGUGGGCCGGGCACGGAUGACAUGGCGUUGCUGAUGAACGUACUCGAGUUAUGGAUGUGUCUUGUUUUUCGGUCUUUGCCAAUGCAGUUGCUUGAAGAGUGGCUGCCAGAUGAUGGGUCGGUAGAGAGGAAAAGGAAAGUAGGGAAAGAGGGUGUGGUGGGAGGACUCAAUGUGGCAUGCCCGCUUGAUCAGGGUAGGGAAGAGAGGGUGUUUGUGGAUUUAAGUCAUGACGAGGAUCCGCUUGUCAAGGCGUAUUUGAAAGAGGCUAGGAGGAAGAAGGAGGAGAGGGAGGAGGGGGGUGAGGUGGUGAGAAGGAAGGAAGCGUAUGCAGAGACGGCGAGGGGGUACAAGGGAAGAGAUGGAGACAUACGUGUUCCGCAAUGGGUCUUUUUCAGUGUACUGGCAGGGGUUCUGGGGUAUGUCUUAGUUAGUAGUAGAGUUGGACAGAGGCUUCGAUGA